GAGUCGAACCAUCAAGCUUGCUGGUAAAGUGAUCGUUCAGGAGAUCUCGUGUCUUCUGCCGGUCCACAAAUCUCUGGGAGACGGAUACAUGUGAGGGACACAGGAAGGAGGCUCUGCCCUUCAAAAUAAAACACCACAUCAUUAGUGCAGUAUGUGUAGUUUCUAAAUGUCUUUCUGUCUCAGUCUGAACAUGAAGGACAUCCAGGAGACGUGUCAGAAGAACGCGGCGGCGUCGCUCACGGUCGGACGCAGAGACGUCGCCAAGGUCUGGGCUCUGGCCUCUGCAGCCACCAGCCAGGACCUGAGUCCAGACUCGGACCCGGACACAGAGACCCCCUGGGCCAGACACCCGUUUGGACGCCACCUGCUGGAGACUCUCUUGGACCACUACAGCCACAUGAGUGACAUUCAGACUCUGGCGAUGCUGUGCAGCGUGUUCAGAGCUCAGGCUCCGCCUCCAGACUCCUUCUCCCUGUAUGGACUUCAUCCGGCUCGCUCCUCCGUCUUCUCCUCCAACCACUCCCGAUACCCCAGCUACACGUCCGGCUCCGUCACCUCGGGCUCAUGCUCCAGCACCUCUGACUCCAUCACCACCUGGACCGCAGGUAAGCCCCGCCCACAUCCAGGCCACGCCCUCACAGCGCUGCUUUUAGACUGGAUGCUUUGUUGUCGUUUUGCAGGUCGAGACUCUGAGCCCUGGGGAGAGUCCUCCCCUGACGACUAUCGCCAUGGCAACCAGGGUCACACCGACCCGCGGGAACGGGAGCGAGAGCAGCACGACAUGAACAAGAGACUGCUGGACCCUGCAAACACGCUGCAGUUCGACGACUUCAAGAAGUGUUACGGUGAAAUCCUGUACCGAUGGGGUCUAAGGGAGAAAAGAGCCGACGUGCUCAAGUUCGCCUCGUGUCCUCCUGAACCGCACAAAGGAAUCGAGUUCGGGGUUUACUGCUGUCACUGUCGUAGUCAGGCUCGUGGGACUCAGUGUGCCGUCUGUAAGCGACUCACCUUCCAGUGCGCCAUCUGUCACGUGGCCGUAAGAGGCUCCUCCAACUUCUGCCUGAGCUGUGGACACGGAGGACACACCAGCCACAUGAUGGACUGGUUCCGCCGGCAGGACGAGUGUCCGGCCGGCUGUGGCUGCCACUGUCUGCUGCAGAGCACCUUCUGAUGGGGGACGUCCAACGCUAGAUUCCAGAUCCUCCCGACCACCCUCAGGACCAGACCUCCACAGAACCAAACAGAUCCUCCCGACCCCCCUCAGAACCAGACCUCCACAGAACCAAACAGAUCCUCCCGACCCCCCUCAGGACCACAGAUCGUCAUGGAGUUCAUGAGGAUGAACUAUGUUUUGUUGUACUUUAAGUCUUCUGGAGACACGACUAACAAUCUUUUUCUUUAUCAAUUAAUCGACUAUUUAGUCUCUAAAAUAGUGAACGAUCAUAAUUGGCCAAAGUCAGGUCUGUUUUUUAAAUGUAAAGAAUAACUUUGUGAAUAUUCUGUGAACUGAAUCUGAAGUAAUAAAGUUAGUUUGAAUUCA